AUGAGUUUGUCGCGUGGUACUUCAUUGGCGUUCGGGAAGCCGUUUGCUAUCGUGUACGUACGUAUGGCAUUCAGCAUCAGGAAAUUCCAUGGAUUGGCUGUCGCCCUUGGUUGCAAUGAUGCUACCGGUUGUGGCGACGCGUUCGCAUUGGAUGGCCCCGGUUGGGGUUCACUUUCUGUGUGGUCGGUGAUCAUUGCGGGUCGUCGUCAAUCGGCUGAGCCCCCAAUCGACUACCCCGACGCGAAUCCGCUGAGGCCAGGUCCGCGACAGUCGGUCAACUCGAUGAAUCUCGACCGACUCUUGGCAUUGGACCAGCAGCAUCAGCAUCGUCGGAGCCGCCAUCAUCAUCAUCACCAAGACGAGACUGGCGGCGGUGGUGGUGGUGUCGGAGGAGGAGGAGGAGUCAUGAGUGGUGGUGGAGGAGGAGGAGGAGGGAGACGACGGCUGCCAUCCACGAACCCGCCGCACAACGCGUCAUUGUCGUCGUCGUCAUCGUCGUCUUCAACUCGGGAUCAGCAUCACUACUCGGUGGAAUUGUCAUCGGCGGCGGUGGCGUUGCAGUCGGGUCGGAUGCGAGCCGAGUCGGACACGUCGUCGGCCUACUCGGGCUCGGACACGAUGGGCUCAUCUGCCCAGACUUGCUCCAGCGAAAACGACGACCUGGACUACAACGUCUAUGGGAAAACAAGACUCAACUUGGUGUCAAUUCAACUUAGGGACACUCUUGAUGCACCAAUUAUGUGUGCAUCUGGGGGUAUCACUGUAAGUUGCCGGGACACGGUGCGAGAGUGUCUGGAGACGGACCCGACGGAGCGGUCGGCCGACGAUAUCGACGUCCUGCUCGAGUUUACGCAGCAACUCAAGGCCUUCUCCAACAUGACGAUGGCCGUGCGACGGGCCCUCUGCGCCGACAUGGUUCUUGCUGUGGUCGAGAAGGCCGGGACGAUCGUCAUGAACGACGGCGAGGAGCUGGACAGCUGGACAGUGAUCGUCAACGGCACGGUGGAGAUUGACAUGCCGGACGGUGGCAAGAGACUGGAACUGGGCCUGGGGGACUCGUUCGGGAUCACGCCGACGAUGGACAAGAUGUACCACAAGGGCGUGAUGCGGACCAAGGUGGACGAUUGUCAGUUUGCGUGCAUCACGCAGACGGACUACUACCGGAUCCUGCACCAGGGCGAGGAGAACACGCUGCGCCACAUGGAGGGCGACCAGACUGUGUUGGUAACGGAACAGCGGGCUGUGGACGGCGGGAAUCGACAGGGCCACAUCAUCAUCAGGGUGGGAGCACCUAGAGAAGGAAACAAGAAAAAGACUUGGAUCACAGUGAAUGCCCCUCCACUGAAGGAGCUGCCGCACGGGAAUUUGGGUGCUGGUAGUUUGGACGACUCCCUGUGCCAGUCGAGCCUGUUGUCGUCGGGUCGAGGCUCGUUGUAUCACAGCCAGUCCAACCCGGACUUGUCGAGUCUCAGUCUGGACGAGGUGCCGGGCUCGUUUUCCUCGGGGUCUUCAUCUUCAGCCGCGGCGGCCUCAACGACGACGACGCCAGGAAUGCAUUUCCCUUCGUCGUCGUCAUUUGGAACAGGAACAGCGGCAAUGUCGAUGACGUCGUCACACUCGUCGCGACACAAUGCUGGUGGUGGUGCUGGUGCUGGACUGGACCAUCAUCCCGAGCACGUGCUCAAGAUUUACAAGUCUGACCAGAGCUGCAAGUAUUUGCUCAUCAACAAGGAGACGACUGCCCGUGAAGUUGUGAUGCUGGCCCUGCGGGAAUUCGGCAUCCAGGAGGGCCUCAGCUCCGACUACUGUCUCUGCGAAGUUUCGGUGACGCACGGGACGCUGAUGAAGCAGCGCCGGCUGCCGGACAUGCUGCAGAACCUGGCGGAGCGGAUCGGACUCAGCAGUCGCUACUACCUCAAGAACAUCCGAGUGACGGACCCGCUGGUGCCUGACGAGAUGGCGGCCGAGCUGGCCCGCGAAAGCAACGUGAGCCUGCUGCAUCUGCGUGCCGUCGAGGUGGCCACGCAGCUCACGCUGCAAGACUUUGCCAUCUUCCGCCAGAUCGAGGCCACCGAGUACGUGGACGACUUGUUUUACAACCAGAGUCGGUCUCGCUACGGGCUGCCCUUGCUCACCAAGUUCUCUCAACUGGUCAACACAGAAAUGUUUUGGGUCGUGAGCGAAAUCGUGGUGGAGCACAAUGUAGUGAAACGGGCCCGGCUCGUGAAGCAGUUUAUCAAGAUUGCUCGUCAGUGCAAGGAAUGCAGGAACUUGAACUCGAUGUUUGCCAUCCUGUCUGGCCUCGGCCACGGCGCCGUGACGCGCUUGAAGAACACGUGGGACCGUCUGCCGCAAAAGUACGUGAACCUGUUUGCCGACAUGCAAAUGCUGAUGGACCCCUCGCGAAACAUGGCUAAAUAUCGGAACUUGUUGGCAAGUGACAGUGCCCAGCCGCCGAUGAUCCCGUUUUGGCCCGUGGUCAAAAAGGACCUAACCUUCAUCCACUUGGGCAACGACACGAUGGUCGACGGCCUGUACAACUUCGAGAAACUCCGCAUGAUUGCCAAGGAGGUCCGGGCUCUCAUCAAUAUGUGUUCUGCUCCUUAUGAUCUGCUGACGAUGCUGGACUUGGGCGGGCAGCCAGCAAGCGCAGCCAUGGUGACGAUGAAUCAGCUGACGACCGGAGGCCAGUCCUCGCUGUCGACCGUCAAACGCCGCAAAAAGUCCAUCGCGACGCCGAACCCCAAGAAGAUGUUUGAGGAGGCUCAGAUGGUGCGUCGUGUGAAGGCCUACUUGGGCAACCUGAAGGUGACGACGGACGAGGACCAGCUGCACCGCAUGUCGCUCGAGUGCGAAGGCGGCGGGAACCUGGGCGGCAGCAGCGCGGCCCUGGGGUCCGGCUCCAACUCGGCCACGCUGCGACGCCGCCAGCCGUCGCCCACGCUGUCGACGGCGUCCAGCAACUCGCAGACGUCGAUCCAAUCUGAUCCGCGGAAGCCCAAGUUUGGCGCCGCGUCGCCGCAGUCGGUGAAGAAGCUGCUGUCCCUCAGCGAGCCCAAGACGAGGCCGUAUCAGCCGCCGAAGCCGCCGUCUGCCGCGUUGUCAUCGUCGUCCCUCUCGCUGCCUUUGUCUCUGAAUGGGGCGGCGACGACCACCACCACCACCACCGCCGCCGCCGCCACUGGGGGCGGUGGUGGUGGAGUAGUUGGUGGUGGUGGCUUGCACGAGUCGUCGGUGUCGCUGCCGUGUCACUCGCCGGCUGCCGCGAGGAAGGGUUCGUCGGUGUCGCUGUCACUGCACGCGACGCACGGCAGUUUCCUGCAUUUCGGCAGUCGGGGCGGACUGGGACUGGCCAUGCACCAGCACGAACGGAGUCACUCGGACACGCCGUCGUCGCUGCUCUUGCCGGUCGACCUCACUAUUGAAAGCACGAGCGUCACGAGUCUCAACAGCCUGCCUUUCCGCAACAAGACUCUGGCCACAGGAGGAGGAGGAGGAGGGACAGGUUGUAGUUCAUCAGAGACUGGGAACACGGCCCAUGUGUCGGGAUCGCCCGACACGGACUCGGGCCAAGGAGACACGCAAUCCAACAGCUCUAGUGACGCCUCAACCAGUGGCAGGGCCACAUCAGGAGCCGUCCCAGGGCUGCGACAUCCGUCUCCGCCCCCACCUCCUCCGCCACAAAGACGCUUCUCUGCACACCCAGCACUGGCUACUGGCCCAAUGGUGCGACCCAGACGACCGCCUGAUUACACCCCGCCGCCGCCGCAUGCCUUCCAUCAGCCGCAGGCUCACCCGAGAUCCAUGGUGAACCGGACGCAGUCGCACGACAACAGUGAUAACCCAGUCGUGUGUUCGCGCUAUCUGGACACGACGGAUGCUAGAGAAGGAAACAAGAAAAAGACUUGGAUCACAAUGAAACGGCGCAAGUGUCGGCCGUGUGACAAGAAGAUUGGAUCUGCCUUGCUUUUCUCGAGCCGCCUUUUUGGAGAUUCGUCGUCGUCUUCUUUGGUGUUGGGAAGUACAUGUGUGGACAAGGUGGCCCUGUAUGCUGCAAAACCUAUUGAAUCCAUGGAAGAUCUGGACAAAAACUUGGAACAUGAAGACAGGUGCAUUUUGAUGGGGAUUCCUCCUGCAAGUCAGCAUUUGAGAAGACACAGAGAGAUGGUUCGACAUGCUUUGGUGACUGAAGAGGAUUUGAAGGAUGGAAAAGUGGCUAUUAUGAAGAUGGAUGAAACUGCCAAUGAUGUUCAUCCUCCUUGUGAUGUCCAUGGUUUUCCAAGUAUCUAUUUGGCACCCAUGAAGGAUGCCAGGGACAAACCUAAGAACAUGACCAGCACACUGAAAUUCAUAACUGGAUUCAUCUCAUUCAAAAUCCUGAUAUCUGUCAUCCAUGCAGUUGAAUUUCAAGCAAGCCUGAACCCACCAGAUGAAUUCCGCUCCAAAGCAACCCUGGAGGCAUGUGUGAAACUUUGUGUUAGGGUGGACCCAUCCACAGGUAAAUUGUCAUUCAAUGGAGGCCACCUGGAUUGUGUGGAUGCUUGCAGGCAACAAUACAUGGCCACAUCUCCAACACCCCUACUCACAAUGCCUGCAGCAGUCAACACUAUCCCUGCAGUGGAGUACAGUAGUAGCAAUGGCAAUCCUUCUGCACAAGAGGUUUCUUUCUUGGACCAGGAGGGACCAGCAGAGAUUUCAACCAUUUAUUCCACUUUGAUGAGUGGAUGGAAAGUUCUGGAGGAUUUGUGUGACAUCUUCAAUAGGGCCAGAAUGUUCAAAGUGCCUGGCAUAAGAGAGCUGUCAGACAAGGACAUCAUGUGCAAUGUUCUGGAGGCAACUGGUCAACCCAAUUUCAACAAGGCCACCUGCAUGACCUCUUCCAAAGUUGAAGACCUGCUUAGGGGCUGCAAACAAAUGACCAUUGCCAAAAUGGCCCACAGCAGUGAUGAUGAAAUGGUCCUCAAAAUGGCCAACCUCCUCAAUGAAGAAGUGGUCAAAAUCAAGGCCAGACAACACCAACAAAAAACCCCUAGUCUCUUCCAACAAGAUGCCCAACAGUGUCAGGAAGCAGCUUCACAAAGACUGGCACUCUGUGUAAAUGAAGACUACCUCAAAAGCAAGGAAUUAGACACUGUCAAGGCUCUGCAAAAGGAUAUAUCUGACAAGCAGGAGCUCAUCAGGCAACUGGAAAAGAAAUCUGGUUGUUCAGCAGCAGUUCCUGAAGACACAACAACUGUUGGGCAUCUGGAACCCAUCAUCAUUUCAUCCAACGACUUGACUCGCAGUUCCUGUCUCAGAGACCUGAAGUUACUCAGGCACACCAUGAACAGGAUCAUAGCUUCUUUGGAAUCCAAAUACCAGGUCUUGAAUCAAAGGAAAUGCAAUGCUGGAGAAGAAAGGGAAUUGGUGUUGAAAGAUGAUGGUGAUGAAGGAAAAGGGACUACUUAUCUGGUGGACAAUGAAUAUUACUCAUCAGCAGCUCCUCAACUCAGGGGCUUCAUUCAAGUUGACCCAGAGAAAAAGACCAAUGCAACACUCAUCAUUCAAGCUCUUGUCACUUCAACUCCAACCCAAACUCAGUGAAAACAUUUUUAUUUUGAAAGUGGAAAAAACAAAUUUCAGAAAAGGAAAACUGCUGCUCAUUGACAGACCUUGUGGAAAUAAAAGGAGCCUCAAAGAUUUUACCAGAGUGAAUGGAGAUUUUUUCGAAAAUGGUUGGAAGUUGAUUUUUCCUAAGGCUUCAUUGGAGAAUCACUCCAUCUGUUCCUGGGACACAAAAUACAACUGAAAAACUUUUCUGGACAAAUAACUGAUGACAAUUGAUUACUCUUGCCUCCUCUCCACAUUUAUCAAUGCUUUGUAAAGUUGAAUGGGACUAUGAUGAAUGAAAACAGCACUCAAAAAAGAUUGCAUGCAGAAAAAAAUAUUCACUUAUAUAAUGUAACUAAAGAAAAAUUCAGCAUUUGAACAAUGGAAACAAACAAG